UCAUUUUACAUUCUGAUGUCAACCAUAACAAGCCUGCUGCUAGGGAAGGUAAAUUAGACUAUUAUGGGAAUCAAUGUCAUUAACCACACCUAGGCUACUUGCUAAACUGACGGAUAAGACUUAACAAUUUUGUCUAACGUAUCACAGGAACAUUUGUAAAGGAGGCAGGAAAACAUGGGGUCUGCUACACACACAGUGUGUGUGCUCCUGUGUUUCUUAGUCUCAAGGUCAUGCUACACACUCCAGACUGUGGGCCCAUGUACGGUCAACAGAGAGAUGGCUGCAUUUGACUGCAGUGGGAAAAGACUUACAUCAGUACCAGAGCACAUCUGGAUGAACGUAACCGAACUGGACCUGUCUGAAAAUCUGUUAGACUUUUCCCACAGUGACAGCUUUAAGAGCCUGAAUCUUUUUAGCGAUUUAGUCUCACUGAACCUAUCAGGCAACUACCUCCCCCUACUGUUAAAAGACCAUCUCUACGGCCUUUCUUCUCUUAAAGUACUUGACCUGAGUAGGUGUAAACUGGCCGCGGUGGGGGCAAACGCUCUCACCAGUCUUUCCAGUUUACAGAUGCUCUUCCUGGGGGACUUUCAGUCGAUUGCAGUUAAAGACUUGAGAUUUAGUCAAUUUGUGGAACUUAGAGGAGAACAGAGUUACAGACAGAAAGCAGGAGACAGAGUAAUGAUGACCAGAGCAUCAAAACACACGGCACAUGAUGACCACAGUGAUGGACAUUCUAAGGAUGUCAACCGUGGAACCUUCCUUCGUAAACUAUUCACAGUGGAACCAACGCCUACAAACAAUACAAAUAAUGGCAUGGAACCAGAUUAUGAUUCCAAAACAUCUUCAGAAAGCUGGAAGGUCCUUGUGGCUGUUCUGGGGUCAGCUCUGACCCUCUCUGUCCUUAUCGCUUUGCUGGCCAAAUACAAAGUCGUGCACAAGUAUCUGGCGAGCUACAGACACUCCAGGCUCAGUGAAGUAGAUGCCACGAGUCAGUGUGACCCUGCAAACUUUGAGGUGGGAUUCUCAACCCAGGGGGGCCCUGGGAUCCGUGCAGCUGCACCUACCAGUGGCAUUGAGGAGGAUAACGAUGGGUUUAUUGAAGACAACUAUAUUCAAGCGAGUGAGAGUGAGAGAGCCACAAGAGCAGCAGAGCUGACUGAUAAUGAUGAGGAGGAGGAAGAGAUUGAAUUUAGUAUUGGCUAGCAUUAUUUGGUGUAAUGUUGUUAAAUCUUAUUUAUAAUAACUUACAUUAAAUAGUCAUUAACAAACAUUCAAUACUUCAUAAUCAGUUAUCAAACUACUGAUUGAUUAAUUCAUAAAAAAAAAGGAAUUUGAACACUUAAGACAAAAAACAAAACAAAACAAAAAAACUGUCCAAAUUUUUUCUAGGGCCACUUUUUUUUAAAGCAUCUGAAAAUAUAUGAAUUAAAGUUGAAUUACAUUUGAAUGUACAGUAGGCAACACAAAAUAUUGAUCUGUUCAGCAUUUUAUACAAUGUUUGUAAACAUUAUUAAUGAGUUAUUAUAAAUUUUUAUUUUAAAUGAUAAUAUUAAUAAUCAUUAACUUUUAAGGAUUUUUCCUUCGAGAAUGUGCAUUUACAUUUACUUUUAAUUGCAUUUUUCUGUACCAUAUAUAUUUUGUUUUGUUUGUUGCACUUCAUUUUAUUCACUUUUUUUUUAAAUGCUAUUCUUUCAUUGGCCACUGGGCGCCGCCUUUGUGUACUUUAUUACUUAGCCUAGAAUUAAAUAUUAAAAUGUUAUUAUUGAUAUUAUAA